AAACACCAGGAGGCAUUCCUGCACAGAUGCAAGCACCCCGCAUACGCCCAGAGGCCCGAUGGUUUGCUUUGUAGCCCAAGGCGGCUGCACCCUUGAAAAUCUCCCUCAGGCCGCUCGAGGUCAAGGCGGAGAGACAAGAGGCGGCAGGUAAAGCCUGUGCAGGUGGCCAACGGCGCUCCUUCGCCGCCCCGCCCGCUGCCUUGGCAGCCACGCUCCCGCCUUCCGCCUUCCCUUCUAAGCCCGUGACGGCGCUCUAGACACGCCCUGCGAGGCGGUGGCUUUGGGCUGCCGAGCGGCGUGCCAGAGCCUUCCGCCGACGGAUCUCUUCCUGGCUCGGCUUCGCCGUCGCCACUCCUCGCCUGGAGCUGCCCUGAACCCUGGAGCCUCGCUUGGCUUUGCCCCCGCCGCGACGGAGCCAAUGGGCUCGACCGAGGAGUUGCUGUUGCCAGCGCCCAAGUGUGUGGUGGAGAGGGAGUGGGAGCCGGCGCCAUCGCUGCUGGCGCUAGGUGGGAGAGCGGCGGCGGCUGCCCGGCAGCCGAGGCGGCAGCAACAGCAGCAGAAGCAGCAGCAUUCAGAGGACGAGCAGCAGGUCCAAGAAGGAAGAAACAACAAUGAUGAACCUGUUAUAGAUGACUAUAAAAAGAUGGGUACUCUCUUUGGUGAGAUCAACAAAAGCCUCAUCAGCAUAGGCUUCACAAGGAUAUACUUUGGAGAACGGAUUGUGGAACCUGUCAUAGUCAUAUUCUUCUGGGUUAUGCUUUGGUUCCUUGGUUUGCAAGCCCUUGGACUGGUUGCUGUCCUGUGCCUUGUCAUUAUUUAUGUGCAACAAUAAAGUACAGUGUGUGUCUGCUGAACAACGAUGCCAUAUCUCGAUGGAUUUAUGUACUUAGCCAAGCAGGAAUGGUGUAUUAAAAGCUAUUAUGCUGAA